AUGCAGUCCUCCUUGCUGAGAUUUGUGCAGCGCCAGGGGAAGAAGGAGACGUCCAGUAACAAACGUCCAGCAGAUGGAGACAGUGGUAACGAGAAGAAAAAACGAAGGAAAUCUGGAGGAUCUACUACAAAUCUGAAGCAGUUCAGCAGACAGGGAGUACCAGUUGGUGGCGCUAAGGACAAUGCCAGCACUCACACUGAACCUGCUACCUUUGCUCAACCUCAAGAGGAACCAGCUAAUGAUGUUUCAACCAGCUCAAGGCAUGAAUCAGCAGCAUCUUCAGCAGUAGAGGAAAUAUCCCCACUCCUACGAAGUUCACAAAGACCGUCAGUGAGCUCAACUCCAGGCAGGAGGAAGUCGAAAACAAACAAGCCAGAGCCUAUCUCUACUCACUCGCCCACAGUCUCAAAGCAGUACACUCCAUUAGAGCAGCAGUACAUUGCCAUCAAGGCCCAGUAUCCCGAUGCCAUUCUCUUUGUAGAGUGCGGCUACAAGUAUCGCUUCUUUGGUGAGGAUGCAGAGGUGGCUUCCAAGACACUCAACAUUGGCUGCUUCCAGGACCACAACUUUUACACUGCCAGUAUCCCAGUCCACCGCCUCCAUAUCCACCUCAGGAGGCUGGUAGCUGCCGGUCACAAGGUGGGUGUGGUGAAACAAACCGAGACUGCAGCUCUGAAGGCAGCCAGUGACCGGAAGUCUGGGCCAUUCUCCAGAGAACUGACAGCUCUCUACACCAGGACCACUCUCUUAGGUCCUGAUGUGAGGCCACAAUUUGCCAGUAGAGGGAGGUGGGGAGGGGGUGGUGGUGGUGACAGGGAGAAUGGGGACGGAGGGGGAGGGUGGGGUGAGACAGAGGUGGAAGAGGAAGAAGAGGGACUGUGGAUGAUGUGUGUCUGUGAGCAGACAGCUACAGCCAAGGAGAGAAAGACUUCGGGCAUCACUAUCGGAUUUGUGGCUGUUCAGCCGGCAGUGGGUGUCAUGGUCUAUGAUCAGUUCCAAGACAGCACCUCCUCUCUGUCGGAGCUAGAGCUGAGGCUGUCUCACCUCCAGCCAGCCGAGAUCCUCUACCCUAGCAGCUCAUCCUCCACUCUGGAGUCUUCAGGUCAAGAUGAGAGAGACAACAGCAGCUGUCACCUUGAACUUGAAGCACAGGGUCUUCAGAAGGUUAUCAAUUUGCCCAAGUGUUCCUUGUCAUGUCUUAGUGCCCUCAUCCACCACCUCAAGGUCUUCAAGCUUCAGCAAGUGUUGAAAUUAACCAGCAACCUUGAGUUGUUUUCUGCGGGUGAUCGGUGUAUGAAGCUCAACAGCAAGACUCUUGAAAACCUGGAGAUUUUCCAGAACGUAGAGGAAAAGAGCGAGAGGAACACUCUGUUCUGGAUCCUGAACCACACAAAGACUCCAUUUGGACGGCGACUGCUGAGGAAGUGGACGACCAACCCUCUCAGGAGGGUGGCUGAGGUAGAGAGGAGACAGGCUGCAGUCAGCCAGCUGAGCUCCUCUGAGAGCCUGUCAGUCUCGCUGCUCAAGAAACUGGCCUCUCGACUCCCAGAUCUUGAGAAAAUGCUCUGCAGUGCAUACCAUAAGAAAUGCUCACCGCUCGAUUUCUGUGACCUGAUGCACCAUUUGACUGACAUCAGUAGUCAGGUAGAGGCGCUCUCUGAAACUGCCCUGGCUGACCUACAGUCUGAACUUCUACACUCUAUCAUCAAAGAGAUCCCAAGGCUUUUGCGGGGAUGUAGUGGUUUUCUACAAGCUCUCAACGAAUCUUCUGCCAGGGAGGGUUGCUAUGAAGAUCUCUUUGCUAAUGUUGAAAACUAUCCAGCAGUUUUGAAGGAGAAGAAGUGCAUUACUGAAGUACAAGAGAGAUUAGGUCAACACAAACAGCGAUUCAGGAGGACUCUUGCUUAUCCAAAAGCUGACUAUAGGACUGUUUCUGGAGUUCAGUAUCUUGUGGAAGUGAAGAACAAAGACAUUAACAAAGUUCCAUCUGACUGGACCCGGAUCAGUGGAACAAAGCAAGUGACACGGUUUCACCCUCCAUAUGUCCUGGAGGAUGUACAACUUUUAGCUCAACACUCAGAGCUGUUGGUGGCCAAUGCAAAACAGGCUUGGAACGAAUUUCUCAGUGAUUUCGGCAUGCAGUAUGGUGCCUGUAAGAAGGCUGUGGAUUUGCUGGCUACUCUGGACUGCCUGCUGUCUCUGGCUGCCGUGGCUGUCAUGCCAGGAUAUGUCUGUCCCAGAGUAGUGGACGAUGCAGUGGUUGAGAUAGAGGCUGGUAGACACCCUGUCAUAGACCUUCUCUUGACUGAGGGAGAACAGUUUGUGGCCAAUGACACCAAAAUGAGUAGCUCGGAUAUGCGAGCCAUGAUAAUUACCGGACCGAACAUGGGAGGAAAGAGCUCUUAUAUCAAACAAGUUGCCUUGAUUUGUAUCAUGGCUCAGAUUGGGUCCUUUGUGCCUGCAAAGUCGGCCACUCUUGGCAUGCUGGAUGCUGUGUACACACGAAUGGGGGCCAGCGACUGGAUGUUUGCAGGAAAGAGCACAUUCAUGGUUGAACUAAUGGAGGCCUCAGAGAUAAUGGCUCAGGCAACACCGCAGAGUCUGGUGAUACUGGAUGAGCUGGGUAGGGGAACUAGCACUCACGACGGAAUGGCUGUGGCCUACGCCACCCUCGCUCACUUUAUUGAAGAGGUGAAGUCAUUGACUCUCUUUGUGACCCACUACCCCCUACUGGCACAGCUGGAGAGACUUUAUCCAGGCACUGCAGGCAACUUCCACAUGUCCUAUGUAGAGGCUGAAACAACAGGUUUCCCCUUACCUCCGCUUGCCAAACAGUGGAUGGAUGCUGUGUUUGCUCUCAUAGGUGAAGGCUAUGAGAAGAUAGUAUUUCUCUACCAGUUGGAGCAAGGGCAGGCUGGCAAGAGCUACGGUCUCAAUGUGGCAGCACUGGCUGGAAUAGACCCUGCCAUCCUGAAGCUUGCCUCAGAGAAAUCUCGAGAGCUGGAGGCUGAGUGUAGAAGGCGGAGCAAACUGGGAUCAAAUCUCUUGAAAAAGAAGGCUGCAGCUAGUAGUAUUAUUUCUCUACUGGGCCAACAAGAACUGUCGUUUGAUCCAGGGACAGCUAUUCACAUUGCAACACACGCAUUGCUGUCUUCGUAA